AGGCUGGAGGGAAACUCCCUGCUGGUUUUGAACAACUGCUGAGGCUUCGAGCAGCAGAGCAGCUCCAACUGAGCUGAAGGACAAACCUCUGCCGAGCUGCAAUCGGGAAACUCUUUCCGUUUUCAUAAAUUGGAUUAAGACAUCUGGAGCCCUGGAGACGUGUGGGCGGCUGAACGGAUGAAUGAGAGCCGCAGGAUGACGGAAUAAAAGCUUCCAGCCGAGGAUCCUCCCGAGGUUUGACUCUGCAGGUGUGAACAACUUUAUUUCUUCGUGCCGUGAAGGAAAACUGAGAGAAACCUGAUGACACAGCGCUCAGAGUUCUCUCCUGCAGCACCUGCUCAUCACUGAAAUUGGUUUCCAUCCUGCAGCUUCAAAGCCGGCAGCAAUCAUCCACAGUGUUUGUCUAUAUUCAAAACAGAGCAGAAAAACAGCUUGUAAUUAUGCUCUCACUCUCAUUAUCUCUGUUUCUGCUGCUGCACCACUGAGAGGUGAAGCCGGAGUGGAUGAGAGGAGGCUUUUCUUCUUCCUCCAGAUUAGAGAAGGUGGAGAGGAAGGCGAGGAGGGAGGGAGAGAUAAACAGAGGCAGUUUAAGGCGGUAAACACAGCGAGACUCUAAACACAUCAGCCAUAAAUCAGCUGUAUUUGUCUGAAACAGUCAAACUGGAGCGAGGAGGCGACGCUGUGCUGGUCAGACUGGGAGCAGUGGAGGAGUAAUCACCCACAGCAGAUUAUUUGUGACUUCAAAACUUUGAUUUUGCAGCAGAGCAGAGGACUCAUGGCCUGCUGUGGUGUGUCCUGCCUGUGCUGUAAGAUGAACCAGCAGCAGGGCAGGUCUUCAUCCAGCCUCCCCCCCAGGACGCUGCUGCUGCUGCCCCUGCUGCUGCUGCUCUACCUGCCCCUGUGGAGCCAGCAGGCCGAGGCCGUGGUCCACUCCAGCUUCAGGAGGCUCAGCGGACGCGAGAAGAAGGAGAUGCAGAAGGAGAUCCUGAGCAUCCUGGGCCUGCCGGGGCGACCCAGACCCCACCCGCCGCUGAGGCCGCCCUCCUCGGCACCGCUCUUCAUGCUGGACCUUUACCACGCUAUGUCGGUGGACGGCGAGGACGACGGCAACGAGAUUAUUGUGAACGGACCCGGCGUGGGGAAGUUCCCGGGGACGACUCAGGUGAACCACGCCGCCCUGCCGACCCUCAGCACCCACACACCGCCGCUGGGGACGGUGGUGAGCGAGGCCGACACCGUGAUGAGCUUCGUCAACCUCGUGGAGCAGGAGCGUGACCUGCUGCAGCCUCGUCCUUACUGGAAGGAGUUUCGCUUCGACCUGACUCCUCUUCCUCAGGGUGAAACCGUUACAGCGGCGGAGUUUCGCAUCUAUAAGACACUAACGAUGGGCCAGAGGGCCAACAGAACGCUGCACAUCUCCGUCUACGAGAUCCAACGAGAAAACAGACACAGAGAACCAGAGCUGGUGCUGCUGGACAUGCAGUCGGUUCCUGCAGGUCAGGAGGGCUGGCUGGCCUUCGACGUCACCUCGGCCUCCAACCACUGGCUGCUCCACCCUCGAAGCAACCUGGGAAUAAGACUGUAUGUGGAGACCGAGGAAGACCGCUCCCUGUCUGCCGGCUGGAUCGGGUUGGUGGGUCGUCGGGGUCCUCGCUCCAAGCAGCCCUUCAUGGUGACCUUCUUCAGGGAGAGUCAGGUUCCCUGUCGGCCGCCGCGAGCCGUCAAGCCUCAUCCUCGCAAGAAGAAACUCAAAUACGACCUCCCGGUGCCCAGCAUCCACAAUCGGAGUCCUGCUAACAACGGCGGUCAACCCUGUAAAAAACAUGAACUCUACGUCAGCUUCAGUGAUCUUGGCUGGAAGGACUGGGUUUUGGCUCCAACCGGCUACUCAGCGUACUACUGUGAUGGAGAAUGUUUUUAUCCUCUGGGCUCCUGCAUGAACGCCACCAACCACGCCCUCAUCCAGCAGGUGGUUCACCUCCUGAAGCCUGACGAGGUUCCUAAAGCGUGUUGCGCCCCGACAAAGCUCAGCCCGAUCUCGGUCCUGUUCUACGACGACAACAACAACGUGAUCCUGAAGAAGCAUCGCAACAUGGUGGUGAAGACCUGCGGCUGUCUAUGAGGCUGAUUCAACAUCUGGACUCUCAAAGAGGACGGUUUAGUUUCUCUGCAGUGGGGUUGUAUGAGGUAAACAAGAAGCUCAGCUAUGUGCUGCUGUGAACAGAAACAAUCAGCAUUUGCUUUAUUUAGAAUAUUCUCACCACUUUACCGUACUGUCAGGCAGGUGUUUCUUCUGGUGUGACAUUUUCUCAUCUAUAGAACGUCUUUAUUCCUGCACAGUUCCAGCUGUGCAACACAGGAAGAAAUACAGAAGUUCAGAGAAAAUAAUUAUAAUUAUAAAGAAACGAGCCGUCUGACAGCAAGGAAAGUGGUGAAGAUGUUCUAAACAUAGUACAAGCUUCCUUUUUCUACUGAAGGUAACACAUUGACUAUGAAUAAGAGCUUCAUACAACCCACCUGAAAGAAACCGUUCCCAAAUCUGCAUCUAAAUUCAAAUGUUUUUUUAACAGAAUUUGUCUCACCAGCAUACAACCACACAGACUUCAGUUUAUUACAGGUUCCGUCUUUAACGACAGAAAGGCAAAUGAUAUUGGAUGGUUUAAUGAACCAUUAGUGAUGCCUGAUUUGUUGUAAGGAGAUUAACUCACAGCACUACUGUUGUUGUAACGCAGAAAUGUAUAUGAAGAGAUUAAAAUGUAUUCCAUUAAUAAAAACAUGUCUUGUCUCUUUA